AUGGCAAUGGUAACUGGAAAAGCACGUUGUGUUACAUGUGGAAAAGAAAAAGCUACAACAAAAUGUGGAGGUUGUUCACAAGAUUUUUGUUUCAAUCAUUUAACAGAUCAUCGUCAAGAAUUGGGAAAGCAAUUCGAUGAAAUUGAAGUUACUCGUGACCUAUUUCGACAGAUACUAACGGACAAAAACGAUAAAUCACAAAACCAAAUAUUAAUACAACAAAUUAAUGAAUGGGAAUGUAAUUCAAUCAAAAAAGUACAACAAUCAGCAGAAAAUGCACGACAAAUAGUAUUCAAACAUACAACUAAACAUAUUAAUAAAAUAGAAAUGAAAUUGAACAAAAUGACAGAUCAACUACGAGAAAGUCGUCAAGAAAAGGAUUUUUUUGAAGCAGAUCUCAAACUAUGGAAAGAAGAGUUGGAACGACUAACAAAAGAACUUCAUAAUCCGCUGCAGAUUACAUUUCAACAAAUUUCUUUACCACUUGUAUCUAAUAUCUAUGUCGACAUACCAUCUAGUAAGUAUAUUAGUCAUAUUUAA